AUGAAUCUACUUGAAUCUGAAGAUUUAGGACCCGUCUGUAUUGAUGAAUGUUUACCUGAUGGUAAAUAUAGCCAACUAGCAAAUACUUCUGCAAUUCAAGACGUAGAUUUAACUGGUUGGCGUCUUCUACGAAGUGUCAACAAUGCUCCAGAGAUUUCAUUCGCCAUGCCAAGUAACUUUAAAUUGGAUAAUAGAAAAAGUGUUAAAAUCUACGCUUGUGAUGAGGAUAGCGAGAGAUUACCUUGUGAUCUUGUUUCAUCUAAUAUUAGUACAUGGGAUGUUGGUCAUACUAUCAUUACUCGUCUUCUUAAUGAUAAUGAUGAAGAAAAAGCAGUUCACAUUCAAAUGAUUGCGAAAUAG